GUCAAUAUCCAAGCACCUCUCUGCAAGCCAAAGUUUGGGUUUGACUCACCUUUGCCGAACCCCAAGUUCAGCUGUGUCGAGUAUGGGCAUCAUAAGCCAGGUAAUAGUAUAUGCAAGCUCACAGCCGCACUUAUUACUGCAGUCUGCAGCAUAGUAAUAAUAGCACUCCGUACUGCCAAUGGUGCUGCCCGCUUGGGCCCGACCCAGCCGAGAUGAUUAUCCACAAUCUUACGCUAGAGGUUGGUCGGAUCCUGCAGCGCUCCAGCAACACUCCUGCGAGCAGGCGAAGGCUGCCGCUGCCCACUGCCACUGCCACUGCCACUGGGAUUCGGACCCUCUCCAGCGCCGUCUCGUCAAAGAGCGGAUGCACGUCCCGUCCCCGUCUGUCCCGUACACGCCCAUGUCAUCGCAUUCGACCCGACCGACCUGACCGACACUCUCUUUUUUUCCCUUUAGUUGCAUCCCACAUCCCACACCGACCCCGUCGACGCUGUUAUCCAUCAACAUGGCCGAUUCACCGACUAGAGUCGGCCAUACCGACUCGAUCGCCUCCCAGGAUUCCGGGAGCAAGUCCAACGAUAAGAAGAAGAGCCGCAGGCCAGCCAACACUGCCUUUCGACAGCAGCGGCUCAAGGCAUGGCAACCAAUCCUCACGCCAAAGACCGUCCUCCCCCUCUUCUUCUCCAUCGGCAUCAUCUUCGCCCCCAUAGGUGGCCUACUCCUGUAUGCCAGCUCGCAAGUCCAAGAGAUCUCCAUCGACUACACGACGUGCUACAAGGAUGCCAGUAACACCACCUUCGACGCCGUGCCCUCCGAUAACGUCUUCACCCAGUUCAAGAACAACAGCGACAUCCAGGCUCAGUGGCAGCGCGAGGAUAUUAACGUCACCUUCGACGGUGUCCCCACCCCGACCCAGAAAUGCAUGAUCCAGUUCACAAUACCCGAGGACAUGGGCCCGCCUGUGCUCUUCUACUACCAGCUUACAAACUUCUACCAAAACCAUCGCCGCUAUGUCAACAGCUUCUACGAUAAACAAUUGGCUGGUACCAAGGUCACCACGGCCCAGGUCGCCAGUUCCUCGUGUGAGCCUCUUAAGACGGAGGAAAUCUCCGGCAAGCCAUUCUAUCCCUGCGGCCUGAUCGCCAAUUCCGUCUUCAAUGACACCUUCUACAGCCCGUUCUCCGUGGGCAAUGACGAAGUGCCUUAUAACAUGACCGAGAAGGGCAUUGCCUGGAAUUCCGACAAGGACCUGUUCAAGAACAUCUCUUCCGAGACCAAACUGGACGAGAUUGCUGUUCCACUCAACUGGAGGGUGCGGUAUCCCAAUGGCUAUACCGAAAGCAACCCCCCUCCGAACCUAGGAGAUGACGAGCACUUCAUGGUCUGGAUGCGCACGGCCGGCCUGCCGACUUUCAGCAAGCUGUACAUGAGGAACGACACCCAGAAGAUGGAAAAGGGACAAUACCAGGUGGACAUCAUUCACUGGUUCCCUGCGGACGUCUACAAGGGCACCAAGUCCAUUGUCCUCAGCACCAGGACUGUCAUGGGUGGCAGAAACCCGUUCCUAGGAAUCGCAUACUUGGUCGUGGGUGGGAUUUGCAUCCUCCUCGGUGCUAUUUUCACCGUGACGCACUUGCUUAAGCCAAGGAAACUUGGCGACCACACGUACCUUUCAUGGAACAAUGUUCAGUCCUCAAAACAUCCAGCCGGCUCAGCGGCGGCCAUGGCCAGCGGGCGCGACCUCGGGACGUCAGGCGGUGCCUAGGAGGCCCGCGGGAUCGGGCUCAAGGUACCACCUGAUAUCUGCCGGCCUCUCCUUGCGGCCUCUCCUGCUACUGAUACCCCAUCGUCGAUGGCAUCCAAGGGGAAACAGCGGGCGCGCAGUCCUGCUGCCUCCUCGGCCUCGAGUGCUCCUAGCAGACAGGUUAGCGUCCGGGACUUCCUUGCGGGGCCGAGUCGGACGUCUCGCACCGCAGCCGGCUCAAGCUCUGAAACCUACGUGCCGUAAUCCUGCUGUUGCGCGCGCCCAGACCCUUCUGUGUACACACCGCCCCUAAUUACUUCGCCAUCACCUGGCUAUCUGGCUUCGCGGCCCUCUGGCCAGUAUUUGCUUUUCGUUCAUAUUUUAUCUUGGUUGGUGGAACGGUGGGAGGAACACCCUCCCUCCAUCAACCUGUGGCAAUGGGGGCAACGAACGGCAUGCAUGGUUUAUUUUUUUUCCAAAUGAUUGAUCCUUGUACUUGAACCCUUCCUCUUUCCAAGGCAUGCGUCGACACAUCGGAGUUUGAGGCGUCCCUAGGUAUUCGAAGUGAAAAUGAAAAUUGACAUUGAUAUCUAUAUCAUUUACCAUGUCUUGGCCGUCCCCGUGAUGUGUCGUGCGUGCAUGUAUGCUUCUGAGUGUCUCUUACUGUCCUGUUUGUUUCUUGUGAGACGAACGAAAUAGUCUAUUUGUCAAUGAACAUCGGGCUGGCGCUUCCUCUCCGCUCUCACAUGUGCUCUGCCACUCAACAUCUAAUCACUGAUCUAGUAUCGCAUCUCCGACAGGGCAGGACAGAAGACGCUCGUUCGCGCCCACGUCUCUGUCUUUUCCCCCCGAGGUGGCUGCCUAUAUUUCCCUAAGCUGAUCUCAGGCUGUUCGAUACCAAAUAGCGAGAAAAGGAGGCACACAAACCGCAGAAGACAA